CCUUUGAUUAACAAAUAGGAAGGGUUUAAUCAUUAGGGAUUUGUUUGGUCAAAUGUAACCACAAAUUUGGGUCCCAAAACAUUGUAUAAUCCAUAAUCAAUGUAAACAAUUCCACAUCUUUUUUUCCCCUUUUGUUGUUUAAGAUCCGCCGUUUGAUGGGUCCUUAAGCUCGUGAAAGCAACGGUUUUGAUUAAUUUAAGACGCAUCGAAUUGAAAAUUGAUAAUAUCAUCCAUUUUGUAUGAAAUUUAUUGCUGGCAGGCAAAGGAAGAGUACUUUGAUUCAAGCAUCUGGAAUUCUAAAAUGAAGGAAGAAAUAAUUGCAAGUUAAAAAAGGAGAAACGUAGCUGAAUCUCAGUUGUUAAUGCCUAACUUGAUUAAUUCUAAGCAAAGCAUUUUUUUUUAAAAAAAUUAUUCUUUAAAUUACAAAAAAAAAAAACUAACUUGUCAUCUUCUCUCUCAUUCUCUUUAUUUAUAAAUAAAAAUAUAUAAACUUCAGCUACACAGAAUCUGGGGGUGAAAACAAAGGGAAGAAAUCAGAAGUUCACGAAAAUUUCAUUUCUUUAAGAAAGGUGUUAAGCCCCAUCUUUUCUUUCUCUUUCUUUUUUCUUGAACUGUUUUCCAGAUUGGUAAUUUUCUUUUUCUUUUUUAAAUAUAUAUUUUUUCCUUUCUGCCAAUUAAACAAUGAAAAUGGCAUAUUACCAAUCAUCCUUUCCCCUCUAUAGGAAACACUCAUCAUUGCUGCCAACAAUCCUUUUCAUUUCAACCUUAGAAACCUGAGCUUCUAAGAUAUUCCUUCCCCUUCCUUUCCUUUCUAUUUCUUCUUCUCUCCCUCUCUUUCAACCUUCUUCUCCACUUUCCUUUGUUGCUUUUUCAACAAUGGAUGCAUCUUCUACAAGCUCAGUCAAUGGGUUCUAUACCUUCUUGACUCGUGGCAUAGAUGAUCUUGAACGUGUUUAUCUCUCUAAUAACUUCAUGUCCAUCCAAUUCCUUCAAAGGGUUCUUUCCCUUCUCCGAUCUUUCCACUCCCAGCUACUCCUCCUCAUCCAAAAACUCCACCUUCCCGUCGGUGAUAAGUGGCUCGAUGAAUACAUGGAUGAAAGUUCGAAGCUCUGGGAAGCUUGUCAUGUUAUCAAAUCAGGCAUCUCCGGCAUCGAAAAUUAUUACUCGGCUGGCUUUAAUAUCAUUUCUUCUUUUGAUAAUCAUCGCCAUCUUACUCACCAGCUUUCUAGACAGGUAAUCCGGGCAAUUUCGGCGUGCCGCAGGGAAGCUGUGGGAUUGGAAGAAGAAAACAGGGCGUUGAUGGAAACGAGAAUCCAACCGCUUUCGUUAAGGUUUGACGAGAAAGUUUCGAUCGAAUCAAAGCUGAACGGAUUCAAUGGUUUCCGAGGAGUUUUAUACGCAAUGAGGAAUGUAAGCUCGUUGCUCCUAAUGAUCUUGCUGUACGGAUUAGUUUAUUGUCGAACGGAAUCCAGUUUCCUACGAGGAGGAUAUGAAGGGUGUCUAAUUUUCGGAUCAGCUUUCAUGAUCUCAACAGGGAGAUUGCAGCAAAGAGUGGCGGCAGAGAUCAACCAAAUGAAUGGGAGGCCGGGGAUAUUGCUUUAUGAGUUCAGGAGAUCGAAGUUGGCAAUGGAGGAGCUGAGAGGGGAGCUGGAGCGGAGGGGCGGCGGAGGGGUGGAGGAGUGGGAAACGGAGGUAGGGGGGAUAAGGGAAAGGGUUGAGAACUUGAAAGGGUGGUUUGGGGUGUUGAGAUCUGGUGCUGACAACAUUGUUGUGCAACUUGAUGAUUUCUUUGAUGAGAUUGUUGAAGGGAGGAAGAAGCUUUUGGACUUUUGCAGUCAUAGGUAGAGAAGAAAAGAAGAUUAAAUUAUAAAAAAAAAUGUAGGAUGGUUGAAAAAAAAAAGUUACAAAAAUACUUGAUAGAAGAAGGUUGUUGUUGUACCUUUUGACCCUUCUCUUCUUUUCUUUUUCUUUUUUCAGAAAAAAAAAAGAUUCUCUUUUUAUUUUUCACUUCAUGCAUUUGUUGUUGUUUCUACCGCAGUUGAAACAUGGAAAUAGUGGUUUGUUUUCCCCAAAAA